AUGGGAAAUGACAUCAUGGGAAAGGCACUCCUUCAAAUAUCUCGUUCACCCUUCACCGAACGCAUUGAGCAAGCUAAACUCCUUCGCCACUUCAAUCAGCCCAGUUUCACAAUAUACAAUGGCCAAACGAAUCCUGUCGAACAUGAAGGAUCUAUAAGCUCCUACGAGGAGCUAUCGAGGGCAUUCAGAGCUAGGUUUGUGACUUGUAGUCGAGUUCUGAGGCCUUUGGACUCUUUGCUCUCAAUGUCUAUGAGAGAGUGGGAGACCCUCAAAAACUAUUCUGAUAAAUACUGGGAGCUUUGUAAUGAAAUUGAUGGGGACCUUAAGGAUGUAGCGGUCAAAACCUUCAAGGUGGGUUUUCCUACACACUCAGGCCUUUGGAAAUCUCUCACCAUGAAGCGUCCUCGGAGCAUGUGCCAAUUAAUGGAUCGAAUUGAAAAGCACAAAAAGGUCGAGGACAAUCAGAGUCAGAACAAGGGGAAAGCCAGAAUCUUUACACCCGACCGAAGAGAUAACCAGUCUGACCAGUACGGAUUGUCCCGUCUACGGAAAGAGUUUUUCAGCCAGGCACCCCACAAUCCCACUGGUCCCCAAAUGGUGAAUUCGGUGUUUAAUGAGCCGAUCUAUUGA